AUGAAUAUGAUGUUACAUCGAGUAUUUUUCUUUAUAUCAUUCUAUCUCUACGUGACUUAUGCCGAUCAUAUUCACGAAUGGGAUUAUGGUGAAUUUGGACCUGAUGUUUGGUAUGAAAAAUAUCCUACAUGUGGUGGUCGAUUACAAUCGCCAAUUAAUAUUUUAACAGCAUGUACAACAUAUAAAAGUUUUACACCAUUUAUAUUUGAAUCUGGUUAUAAUGAACAACACAGUUUUACACUUAAAAAUAAUGGACAUACAAUUGUUGGUACACUCAAUAGUGAAUCUAAUUUAUCAGGUUUGAAACUGGCAGGUGGUGAUUUACCAGGUACAUUGGAAUUGGUAAAUUUUCAUUUACAUUGGGGAGAAAAUCAUAAAUCAGGUAGUGAACAUGAAGUAAAUGGUAUGAAGUAUGCGGGUGAGAUUCAUUUUGUACAUAUAAAUCCUAGUACAAAUCAAACAGCUGUACUUAGUAUAUUUAUGCAAAGUGCAUUUUUUCAAAAUGAAACAACAAAUAAUACAGUUCGUUUUUUGGAUGAAGAUACACGAAAAGAAUGGAAAAGAUAUUUUGAUAUAGCACAAACAUUAAAAAUAGAAGAUAAUACAACUAUAAUAUAUUUAAAUUUAUCAUUACUUAUGGGUAAAAAUUUACGAGAUUUUUGGCGAUAUGAAGGUUCAUUAACUACACCUCCAUGUACAGAAGGUAUUAUUUGGACAAUAUUUAAAGAACCAAUUAUUUUUGUUGAAAGUGAAUUUAAAUCUUUUCGACAAAAUAUUUAUUUUGAAGAUUAUCGUAGUCCACAACCAUUAUAUGCUCGAAAUAUUUAUCGAAAUUUUUUUAAUGAAACAUCAUCAUCAAUACCAGAUUAUAGUUGUUGUUCAAGAAAAGAUCCAAAUAAACCAUCUGAUAUAUUGAAAUCUUCAUUUGAAAAACUUUAUUAUUCAACAUAUUUAAUUUAUAUCUUAUUAUUGUAUUUUUUUUCUAUUACAUUUUAA